CUAUGGUAACUGCUCUCCGUGGUGGCUAAGCUGCAGUAAGAGCGACGCCCUCUUUCACCGAGGCGGAGUGAUUCAUCACACGAUGCAUAUACGAUCUGUACGCAUGGCGCCGUGUUUACGGCUAACACGGCAGACUGCAGACUGACCGAAGGAGACUGUGUGUGUGUGUGCGUACCUGUGAGUUAUUCCAUGUAACUGCGCGAACCGCUCACUUAUCUAUCGACCGAGGGCGUUAGAAAACCAAAGAAUUUGACCUCAACCGCAGCAAAAAGGUCAAAUAUUCAUUUUAGCCCGCUAGUAUGAAGGUGAAUUACCACAACAACGCGGUGCGUGUGUGCAUGAUGAGCGGCUGAGGAGGAGGAGGAGGAGGAGAAGAAGGAGGCUGCGGUCUGAAGCCAGAUUUUAUCCUGGAUAUUUCGAAACAAACGCCGUGCCGUUUACUUAACGGGGCACUGUACAAGUGGAAUAUGUUACUGUAUGCCCCAGUCCAUCUCGGUCCAUCCCAAUUUUAGGGGAGGUUUGACCCGUUUUCUGCCUCCUGAGGAUCCUCCAGCAACAGCAGCGGGACGGUGAACGGUUUUUCCUCCAGAUAUGGAGUGUGAAGAUGCGGAUUACAGAGGAAUCCCCGCCGCUAGUUUAGAUACAGUGGUCUUAUAUUCUCCAGUGCGGCGCUAUCCAAGAGAAGAAUAACUAUGAAUACAUAUUUUCUGACAUCGGGACUAAAUCGGUGAUAUCGCUCUCUAUAUAUGCUUUUUUAAUUUUAUUUUUUUUUGGAGCACGACUGGACUCCCGUUAGGAAACGUGAGAGUGCAAUCCUGCUAGCCUGUUUGUAGUAGCUAUUAGCUCCAUUAGCCGGCUAACAGCUAAAAGGUGCUGGCUGGAGCUUAAAAGGCGUUUUGAUAACUCUGACUGGGUUUUCCCCACGUUUCCUUCCCACAGCAUAUUUAUUUACUGGAUUUAAAGUGUGAUUCACUCAUUCGGGGAUGAGGUCUCGAAAGGAAAGGAGCCGCUUGACCUUGUUUUGGGGUCUGAUGCUGGGUCUUUCGUCCUGCCUACGGCCCGCCACCGCAGAAAUCUGUGGACCCAACAUUGAUAUUGGCAAUGACAUCACUGAAUUCAGGCGUCUGGAGAACUGCACAGUGGUGGAGGGCUACUUGCAGAUCCUCCUCAUUGGUGACAAAAACAACAACAUCAACAACCAGGAAGUCUUCCGCUCCCUCAGCUUCCCCAAGCUGACCAUGAUCACAGACUACCUGCUGCUAUUCCGGGUAUCCGGCCUGGACAGUCUGAGCACACUCUUUCCCAACCUCACUGUCAUUCAUGGUCGUAACCUCUUCUACAACUACGCCCUGGUGAUUUUUGAGAUGACCAGCCUGAAGGACAUCGGCCUGUACAACCUGAAGAACAUCACCCGUGGAGCCAUCCGUAUUGAGAAAAACCCUGAGCUCUGUUACCUGGACUCCAUUGACUGGUCCCUCAUCAUGGAUGCAGAAUUCAACAAUUACAUUGCUGGAAACAAGCAGUCGAAGGAGUGCAGUGAUGUUUGCCCAGGUAUCAUGGAGAACAACCCCCAGUGCAGCAAGACCAUGUUCAACAACAAUUAUAACUACCGUUGCUGGAACUCCAAUCAUUGCCAAAAAGUGGGGUGCCCAGAGAAGUGUGCACUGCGAGCGUGCACAGCAGACGGCGAGUGCUGCCACCCUCAGUGUCUGGGCAGCUGCACAGUCCCCGAUAGUGACACAGCAUGUACUGCAUGUGUGCAUUACUAUUACCAAGGCCGCUGCAUGGCUGACUGCCCCCCAGGCACCUACAAGUUCGAGGGCUGGAGCUGCAUCAGUGCCGAGCUUUGCUCCAAAGCCCAAUUUACCGACCUUGACAGAUACGUUAUCCAUGGAGGAGAGUGCAUGCCUGAAUGUCCAUCUGGGUACACACGUGCUGCACCAAACAGUAUGUUUUGCACAGCUUGUGAUGGUCUGUGUGAUAAAGUAUGUGAUGGGAAGGUCAUCGACUCCAUGACUGCUGCUCAGUCUCUCAAAGGCUGCACUGUUAUCAAAGGCCACCUGCAAAUCAACAUCCGCAGAGGCCAUAACAUGGUGGCAGAGCUGGAAAGUUUCACAGGUCUGAUCCAAAGGGUGACUGGUUACGUACGGAUCAUACACUCGCACACACUGAGCUCCCUUGCAUUCCUUCGGAGCCUGAGAUACAUUGAUGGAGAAAACCUCCAUGAAGACAUGUAUGCCUUCUCUGCAUUCGACAACCAACAGUUACAGUAUCUUUGGGACUGGAAGCAGCACAAUCUGACCAUCAAAACAGGAAAGCUGUUCUUCAGAGCCAACCCUAAGCUGUGCAUGUCCGAGAUCCGCAAAAUGUGGAACAAAACAGGCAUCCAGGCCCGCUUUGAUGAGAGUGAUUUCCGAAACAACGGCGACAGAGCCAGCUGUGAAAGCACUAUUCUGAAAUUUAAGUCUAACAGCACCAGCAGCACAAGGAUCAAGCUGACAUGGCAGCGCUACCGGCCCCCUGACUACAGAGACCUCAUCAGCUUCAUUGUCUACUACAAGGAAGCGCCCUACCAGAACAUCACAGAGUUUGAGGGACAGGAUGGCUGUGGCUCCAACAGCUGGAAUAUGGUGGAUGUGGAGCUGAGGCCUGACAAGGAGUCAGAUCCUGGAGUUCUUCUGUCCAACCUGAAGCCGUGGACACAAUAUGCUAUCUUUGUUAAAGCUAUCACACUCACAGUGGAGGAUAGACACAUGCCAGGAGCCAAGAGCAAGGUGGUCUACAUCCGCACCAGCCCCUCAGCACCCUCCAUGCCUCAGGAUGUGCGAGCGUACUCCAACUCAUCCACUCAACUGGUGGUACGCUGGUCGCCCCCUGUCUCAGCGAAUGGCAACCAGACGUACUACUUGGUAAGAUGGCAGCAGCAAGCGGAAGACCGAGAGCUCUAUCAGCACAAUUAUUGCUCCAAAGAGUUGAAGAUUCCCAUUAGGAUCGCUGCCAUAGGGGUGGGAGACCAGGAAGAGGAGACAAAGCCGACUAAACUAAAUCCAGAUGGGGCAGGUAAAGGCUGUUGUCCCUGCCCCAAAUCAGUGGAAGACCUGGAGGCUGAAGCUGCUGACGCCUCUUACCGAAAAGUCUUUGAAAACUUCCUGCACAACUCCAUUUUCACACCAAGGCCAGCAGAUCGUCGCCGCAGAGAUCUGUUUGGCAUCGCCAACUCUACUCACUCCCGCCGCAACCACCUGCACGGCAACAGUAGCAGUGCCCCUCCUCUUCAAGCCGCUGGCAACAGCAGCACCCCCGAACAGGAUCCGGCAGACCAAGAAUUUGAAUUCAUUGAGCAAUCAGUGACAGAACGUGAGCUGCAGAUCUCUGGCUUGCAGCCUUUUACGGUUUACCGCAUCGAUGUUCAUGCGUGCAAUCGACAGGUCGUACGUUGCAGUGCAGCGGAGUUUGUCUUCUCCAGAACCAAGCCUGCAGAAAAAGCCGAUGACAUCCCGGGUCCAGUGACCUGGGAAGGCCACGAGGACUGGGUGUUUCUGCGUUGGCCGACGCCGCCUCGUCCCAACGGACUUAUCCUCAUGUAUGAGAUCAAGUUUAAACUGGGUGCUGAGACUGAGAAGCAUGAAUGUGUAUCUGGUCAAAUGUAUCGGGCCCAGCGUGGCGUUCGGCUGUCCAACCUCAGUCCAGGAAACUACUCAGUCAGAGUGAGAGCCACGUCUCUGGCUGGCAAUGGCUCCUGGACACAAACUGUGGAUCUCUAUGUGGCUGAACGAUAUGAAAAUAUCUUCUACGCCAUGAUCUUUGUUCCCAUCUCCAUCAUCAUCUUCAUCUGCCUUCUGAUUGGAGUGAUGGUUGUCCUCAACAGGAAAAGGAACAGUGAUCGGCUCGGAAAUGGAGUUCUGUACGCGUCAGUGAACCCAGAGUACUUCAGCGCAGCAGAAAUGUAUGUACCAGAUGAGUGGGAAGUGGCACGGGAGAAGAUCACCUUGAGCCGGGAGCUUGGCCAAGGGUCAUUUGGCAUGGUGUACGAAGGCAUAGCCAAAGGUGUGGUCAAAGACGAACCAGAGACGCGUGUUGCCAUUAAGACUGUUAAUGAGUCGGCCAGCAUGAGAGAGCGGAUUGAGUUCCUCAAUGAAGCCUCCGUCAUGAAGGAGUUCAAUUGUCAUCAUGUGGUUCGUCUCCUGGGAGUGGUCUCUCAGGGCCAGCCCACCCUGGUUAUCAUGGAACUGAUGACCCGAGGAGAUCUAAAAAGUUAUUUGCGCUCCUUGCGACCUAAAGAGCAACAGUGGUCCAGCCUCUCUCUCCCUCCUCUGAAGAAGAUGCUUCAGAUGGCAGGGCAGAUUGCUGAUGGCAUGGCUUACCUCAACGCCAACAAGUUUGUCCACCGAGAUCUGGCAGCCAGGAACUGCAUGGUAGCCGAGGACUUUACUGUUAAGAUCGGAGAUUUUGGCAUGACCAGAGACAUCUAUGAGACAGAUUACUACCGCAAAGGUGGUAAAGGUUUGCUCCCCGUACGUUGGAUGUCACCCGAGUCCCUGAAAGAUGGAGUCUUUACCACCAACUCGGAUGUCUGGUCAUUUGGGGUUGUGCUGUGGGAGAUUGCCACUCUGGCAGAACAGCCCUACCAAGGUCUCUCUAAUGAACAAGUUCUCCGUUUUGUCAUGGAGGGGGGGCUUCUGGAGAAACCUCAGAACUGUCCCGAUAUGCUGUUUGAGCUGAUGCGAAUGUGUUGGCAGUACAAUCCUAAGAUGCGUCCAUCCUUUGUUGAGAUCAUCAGCAGCAUAAAGGAUGAGCUGGACCCGUGUUUCAGGGAUGUCAGUUUCUUCUACAGCGCCGAUAACAAGCCCCCCGAUGCGCCGCAGCUCCACCUGGAAAAGCUAGACAACAUGGAAGAUGUUCCUCUGGACGUUCCGUCAUCGACACAACUGCAGCAGACUCCAGCUCCCCAACAGACGCCCCCUUCCCCAAGCUCAGAAGCACCACCUGGCCCAUCGCUAGCUCCCAGCUCACCUUCCUCUCCCUGCACGUCGAGAGCUGCCAUGGACAAGCACCCCUCCGGCCAGCAAGCAGCUAAUGGGCUGUCGGGGGCGGGGCACGCAGCGGGGGCGGGGCUCGGGACGGGCUCGAGCGUCACAAUGCGGCCGUCUCUGGACGAUCUGCCACCAUACGCGCACAUGAAUGGAGGACGCAAAAAUGAGCGUGCCAUGCCUCUCCCGCAGUCCUCUGCCUGCUGAUUGGACAACCCACCAGACUGCAAACCUUCCAUCUGCUGGACAUCUCAGUGGAUGGAAUAAAAAAAUUUUUGUUGUUGUUGUUUUGGGGAAUUUUUUUUUGUUUGUUUUUUAAAUCAAAUACAGCAAACCGCGCGGUCCACUAGCUGGAUGUGACCAUUCAGUGAGACUUACAGGAAGACGGAGCAAACAUGUUCUUCUUUUUCUGUUUUUCCUUUUCAUAAAGUUUUGGUUUCUACCAGCUGGCUGUCCAACGUGACACUGCCCUCGAGUGGGAAGAUCAAAAACACUACAAAUAAGAAAAAUAUCAAUAAUUUGUGAGAUCUCUUUCUCUCUCUUUAUGGCUGAACUUAUUUUAUAAUCCAUCAUUUGUUACUUUUUUAUAUGUAUUUACAAAUGGGAGAAGAAAAAUCUAUAGGCCUUUAUAUAAAACGAGCGGCGUUUUGUUUGCUUUUGAACGGGCAUUAUGGUGAAAACGUUAAGCAUAUCUAAUGAAGAAGAAACUCUUAAGAGUGACUGGCAUGUCUCGUCGGUCGUUCAGUAGUGUGGUUGCUCUGCAGGCUGAGUGUCAGCGUAAUGCCGGAUCAACAGCCAACUCGCUGAAACAAACAACCAGAGGGGGAAAGGUCAACUCUGCCAAAUUUAUUGCCAAAUUUAUACUGUUUGUCAGAUUCUCUCUUCUGCAGUUUUGCCCUGUAAUUCUCCAACACACUCCAUUGAAAAUUAAAGCAAAACAAAUCUGCUACUGCACUAUUUUGAAAUAAAAGGGAUAUUACCUUCCCUCUACAGUGCUACACUACAGUAAAUCUGACAUUAUAGACUUUGAAAUUAUCUGAAAUUGAGCCACAUCUUUUCACAAAGUGCUGUACCAUUACGGUUAAACCGCCAAAUACAGUCCAUAAAGAAGCAAAAAAAAAAUUAAAAAUUAAAAAAACAAACAAACUCAAAGCGAGGACUGCGGAUGGAAAAAGUGUAAAUGGGAAAAACAAACAUAAACAUGAGUUGUACAACGUCUCUCAGUCGGGGUUCUCCGAGUUCAGAGGCGUCUUUGUUGUUGUAUUCGAACAGGUAUUUUUUUAGGCUAGUCAUCGGUCUCCAACAUUUACAACAUCUCUCUGUGGGCAGAGCAUUUAUGUACACACCAGUUGUUUGUGUCACUUUUCUAACUUUUCUACAGUUGGAGACAUUCAUCGUGUACAGAAAGAAGCUGCUAUUCCUUAUUUCUCUUUGUGGUUGUAAUAUAGUCAAUAUCUAUAUAUCAAAAAGAGAAAAAAAAAACUCCUUCAGGUUGGAUCUACGAACGUUUCAACUACAGUCCAUUUUUUUUUAAUGCUUGUAACUGUGUAAAGUGUAUCUGAGCUGGUUUCGUUUCUGUGUUUGCGUAUAAGGUACGACUAUUUGCCUUGUGUUUUGAAACACUUCCCCUCCCAUCUAAUUAGGGGACAGCGAUGGGGUGCGACGACCAUUGGUGUUCUUGUGCUCUCUCGGGACCCUUUUGCAUCAGUCCUCUAUGGUUUGGACUAAACCGCUUCUACCCAUCAUUAUCACUCUUAAGAGGCCAGGUGUCCCAACUAAAUCUCAGGUUAAAGAGGAAAGUUUAAUCCUGUUCUACUUUCCCGUUUGUUUUCUUCUUCUUCUUUUUUUUUCCUUGUUCUGUCAAACCCAGAGACAUCCAGCCUGGUGUGUGUUAAACCUCGGUCUCAUUCUUAUUCUCUCUGACUGCUUUUCUUUUUUUAACAAUACUCAAAAGCAGUGUUUUUACAACCGAAUGGUUGUCAGGCUGCGUUUGAUUUGACCUUUACACUUAUAUAUAGAAACCUAAUACUGACAAAAUGUAGAAGUGAGACAUUUCAAAAUGUAGCAUUAAACACUGAUAAACAAUACUGUUAGUUAAAUAAUUCAGAAGGCAUAUUAAAUAAAGAAAUAUGUAAUUUAUGAUAAUCUUCUAUUAUACCAGCUCAUCACCUUAGUUUCCCCCUUUUUUUUGGAGGGUUUGUGCACACUUGCUGUUUGUUUAGUGCCUUUUAGCCACCUAGCAGCAAGAAAACACUAAAAGGGGGCAUGCAGUGGCGUCGAGGUGAGCUAAUCCUAGUUAUCUACCUGAGCCACCUGGUUCACCCAAGCUAACUUAUUAUAAAACAAACUCCAGAGUAAAAAUUAAGUUGCUCACUUUAAUUACUCCUUUAUUUGUUACCAACUAUACAGGUGAUAAGUACAGUUUACAUUUUUACCUGAAGCAUUUUACCCAGCAAGAAAAUAUUAACACAUUUUCUUGCUGGCUCAUGCUAGUUAUACCUUUUUUUUCUGGUUUAUUAUGAAAGAAAAGUGUUCAUUAAAUCAUAUGCUGCCAUAAUAUGCCCUAAUUCAUGGUAAAAACAAGAGCCGAAUAUGAAGAUAAUUGUGUUAAAAAUGUGAUAUUUGUACCAGAAAUGGUCCUCAUGCUAGUUUAGUUGGGGGGAAGGUUAGCUGGAGCUAAGUGGCUAGCAGCUCUGUCAGAUGAUCCCCACACAUGCAUAAAAGUCCUGAAAAAGUAAUUAAUGACCAGAUUAAUCAUUAAAUGUGUGCCAAAACCCUCCCAAAAUCUCGGGCAAUAAAAGAUAAAAGGAUGUAUAAAAUGUUCUUUUUAGUCCGCAUUGUAAUCAUUUAGCUAACAGUAUUAUGUGAACUCACAUUUCUUUUUUUCUGAUACUGCAUUUUGUCAGUUUCAGGGCUCUGUGUUAGUGCCGUGUGCAAACCUUAAGAGUACAAUGCAAAACAUAAUUUAUGUAUUUCAGGCGAGUACAGAAACCUGUCUGUGGGAUACUUUCACCUUCUUCUAAUCAACUUCUGUCUCUUCAUCAGGGGUGGUUUUCUUUAGGCUGCUAGAGUAACCCAUAUUAUUUAUCUUUUUUCAACAUAUAAACGUGUGUUUGUAGAAGAUUGGGCUGAGACAUGGGUGAAAAUUAAUCUUAUAGCAUUGAGAGGUUUUUUUUUUUCCCUUUGGGAACAUUAAGAUGUCACAGGUGACACUAAAAGGAUUUAUAAAAGGAACAAGUAUUGAGGCCCUUCUCUUUGAGAAUAAAUCUUAAUGGUAUUCUUUAUGAAGAUUUACUGAAGAAAAACCAUAAUAUAUGAUCAGAGUGGACCACAUAGAAAGAUUUUUAAAGGUUUAUUUGCCUCUGAAAGCAGCAUUUGUGUAUCCCUUGCCCAAAUGUUUCUUGGUUAUUUAUGUCCUUUUUGUGUGAAGUGUAAAUCACUGUAAAAAAAAAAUAAUCCCCCAUUAGAUAUUUUUGUUUUCCUUCUGAUAUGUUGUCAUUUUGUUUUGUUUUUUUCUCUAUUGUGGGGGAAGGUCUUGUUAUUAAUCCUUCAACCAUCCAUCUACCUCACUUUUUUUCUUUUUUUUUUCCAAUCUAUCUACAUGUACAGAACAACAAAACAUCUCACCUACAGUUGACUGGCUGUAAUGACGAUCUCACUGCAUGCUGUCAAUAACAUGGUCAAAUCCAAACCACAAACCAAACCAUCCUGGAAACAUGGUAAAAGUUCCAAGGGGAAAAACAUGACCAUCAAACAUCUUGCUAUUGAAGUUUGGCCCACGAUGGCUUUUGUAUUUGGGCUUUCUAAAGUCUGGAGGAGCUGCUACAAGCAUACAAGAAUGGAGGAAGGGCAGUUCUGUCCUUUGCACCUACUCUGCACAUAAUCCACCACCACAUUAUAGGGUUACGAAGUAGCAUGUAGAAUCCCCCCUUUUUAUCUUUUGUAUUUUUCAGGUUAUCCUGUAAUAAAGUGGAUGAAGUUGUGACCUAAGCUAGCCACUAUAUGGCAAAUCCACCUAUUCGCUUGGUAAAACACACACAAUGCAAACUUUCUUUAUGGUACUAUAAAUUACUAACGUUUAAUAUGAAAAAAUAUAAUGAAGAGUAAAACUUAAAAAUGUUUUAUGGGUGUAUUAGGGCCACAUUGAGAAAUUACUAUAUAUUUUUUCAUUAUGUUGCCCUAAUAUUUGUACAGUUCUGGAUGCCAUUGUUGCUUGGAAAAACACUGUCGAGUGGGGUUUUCAAAGAGAGAAGUAAAUAUAGCUGUAAUUUAGUAGUAGUGCAUGAAACUGGGUCUACCUGAAGGCCAAAUUCGCACCUUUUAAAUCCCACACGUGACCUGUGCCAUGAUGGUUCCGACCUAGAAAGCCCACUGAAGAUGUUAGACAAUCAUUCACUUUAUUUUUCUGGUUUAUAAAGACAAUGCUGCUACUAUAUGCUGUUUUAAAACUUGUUUAAACACAUAAGGAUACAUAUAUGCAGGACUGCAGGCUGACAACCACCAGUUUCACCAUUUUCAGUGUGACAGUUUAAAUCCGUGAAAGCCCUCACUGCCUUUUAUUACACUUUGAAGCACCGCCGAGUCUAAAACGAGCUUUCUCUGGUGAUUUCUUCUUCUAGCUGUGGACAGUAUAGACCGGUUUCAGCAGGCACACAUUUUAUGACUUUUUUUUUCUGUCAAUACUUGCAGCAGGUAUUUGGUACAUAGAAAUGUUGAUAAGUGAAGGUUGUGUGACUUCUGGAUUUCACUAUAACUAUUACUUGCUUCAUUUGAGGAUUUUUUUUUUCAA